AUGGGCACUCAGUCUCGAGCGGCUGGUGACCAACGCGUCGACACUGUUGCGAGGAGGCGUGAAGAUGAGUCAGGUAAAAUAAUUGCAAAGGCUCUACUUUGCGCUCUCCUGGUAUCCACACGUCGACGGCAGAUUGGCGACUGGGAGAAAUUGCCCUGCCUCAGCCCAACAGCAGUAGUUGGGACAGGUGCGUCUGUCCGAAGCCCUGUCUGUGUGUCUAGCACAGCCUCGUUGCGCCGAUUGGACGCCGCCUCUGACGAAUGGAGGCUGGACUGUGCGUGUGCUGGUACCGGGGCCAGAUGGACAGACAGACAGACAGACAGGCAUGAGUGCUGUGAUGCAGAGGGACAAUCAUUAGGGCAGUAUGGGCAAUCGGUGCGAACUGUCACAGUACCAGAUCUGUCUAUCACUUUGUGUAUAUGUGUGUGUGUGUGUGCGUGUGUGUGUGUUUUUAGCCCGAUGGGAUCGGGAUCCGGGACAGUCGGUCUAAGCGAUACUGGCAGACGACAAGGGCAACGGAUUAGACGUGACUUUGGGUUGUCUGCGAAAACGCGCCUCGCGCUGCUCGGAGACAACUUCCGGACCCUUGCGGCCGGUUGGUAG